CGUGCACACACACACAAAACUCCUCUACCGGAGGAAGCAGGAAACCAGUGUCAUUGUCACUUCAAACUGAAUCUUUGGGAUUGAGGAGAGGCUACAAAGGAUCUGGAAAGUGGGAUUGUUUAAGGAACCCAGACCCUGCAAGGUCCCUUGAGGAUCCCUCGUGGUCUGAGCCCAGAAGGGCUGUGGAGAGGACCUACGGGCAGUAUCUAUUUCUUUACCCUAUUACAGAUUUGAGUGACCAAGUGAGGUGGAGAAUUCACCUGAUUGACUGGGAUGGAGUCUGUGGCCUUGUACAGCUUCCAGGCCACUGAAAAUGAUGAGCUGGCCUUUAACAAAGGUGACACACUGAAGAUUCUGAACAUGGAAGAUGACCAGAAUUGGUACAAAGCGGAGCUGCAUGGUGCUGAAGGCUUCAUCCCAAAGAAUUAUAUCCAAGUCAAGCCUCAUCCGUGGUUUGCAGGCAGGAUCUCCAGGCAGUUCGCAGAAGAGAUUUUGCUUAGAAGAAAUCACCUGGGAGCCUUCUUGAUCAGAGAGAGUGAGAGCUCCCCAGGAGAAUUUUCAGUCUCUGUGAACUAUGGCAAUCAGGUUCAACACUUCAAAGUGCUUCGAGAGAACAUGGGGAAAUACUUCCUUUGGGAGGAAAAGUUCAACUCACUCAAUGAACUGGUGGAUUUCUACCGUACAACUACCAUAGCCAAGAAGAAGCAAAUCUUCCUGAGGGAUGAGGACCCAACAUACAAGCCACCCAGAGCUAAGUUUGCCAAAGCCCAGUUUGACUUCGUUGCCCAGAACUCCUCACAGCUCAGUUUCUCUCAGGGUGACAUCAUUGAGGUGCUGGAACAUUCAGACCCCAACUGGUGGAGAGGACAGCUCUGCGGUCGAGUGGGUUUCUUCCCUCGGAACUACGUCCAUCUCGUCCACAUGUGAACUGUUACUGGAUCCUCCAUCUUUCAGAGUUGCUUUGAAUGGCCAGAGCCCCCAAGACUUUUCUGGAUGAGCAAGCACUCACAAUGCGGAGGAGCCAGUGGAUUCCCUACUAUUCUGAUAGCAAGAAUAUGGAACAGGUUUCCUGCUGUAUUCAGAGGGGCCUGAAUCAGGUUGGACCUAGGGAGGGUAUUUUCUGGACCAAUUCAAUCCAGGAAAUAUUAAUUAAAUACAUUAUGCAAAGCACAGUGGUUGCAAAGACAAAAACCAGUCCUUUCCCUCAAAGAACUUACAUUCUAUUAAAAGGAUAAAACCUUUACUGACAUGACAUGAUGUCAUGUCAAAUCAAGAAGCAUUUAUUAAGCACAGUAUCUGACAUAUACUGUAUUAAAGGCUGGACAUACAAAAAAAGGCAAAAAAAUAAUCCCCGUUCUCACGGAUCUCAUAGUCUAACUGGGGAAUACAACAUGUAAUUAACCAUGUACAUGAUAAACUGGGGUAUUUUCAGAGGGAAGGCACUAGCAUUCUUAAUUCCUCUUAGGAAUCAGGAAAGUCUUCUUGGAGAAGGUAGGAUUUUAGAAAUGACUUGAAGCAAGGCAGGGAAACUAGGAGGUAGAAGUGCAAGGAGAGAAUUCUAGGUAAUAUAAAAUUUAUAUAAAGUCAUUUAAAAAGGCAGAGAAUGCUCCUAACCAUAGGCAUGCACUAAGUGUGGACCAGAUGUGGCAACAUGCCUGUUGGGGAGCAUUUUCAUUAAAUGAUUUCUUGAGAAAUAACUGAUUCUUAUUCAGUAAAACAUCAUUUCUUUUAUUUCCCAUUGUGUAAGUUAGAUAUGGAAUUUAUCUAUAUUCCUACAUAAAUGUUUCUAACUGCAAAGAUGCUUAGACCAUAUCCCACUUAUAAUAUGUCCAUAUAUGUAAAAGAUAUGUUUAUGAGUAACAGGGGUCCUACAUAUGAAAAGGAGCUUCAGAUAAAAUAAAAAUAAUGCUAGUCUCAGGAUAAAAAUGCAUGCAUACACACACAUGCAUAUAUACAUAAAAUACACUACAUGAAUGCACAUGUAUGUACACUCAUGUGAAUAUAUGUGUAUAUAUUUCUUUAUGUAUGUAUGUGUUUUCCUGUAUAUUUAAUCUCUUCUCUUACUGAGGAAAAAGUAAGAGAGAAAGUAAGAGAAUGGUUUCUCUUACUAUGGAAAAGAGAAGUCAUGAUUACAAAGAGCCAACAUGGUUUCAUCAAAAACCAACUAACUUCUUUUUAUUUUCUGACAAAAUUAUUAUCCUGGAUAAAGUUCACUUGGAGGUUAGCAAAGCUUUUGAUAAAUUAUUUCUUACCAUUCCUAAGGAGGGGACGAGUGACCACUUUUGGGGUGUGUCAUUGUUGAGGUUCCUUUCAUGUGUGUAAGGAUUAGAUGGCCACUGAGGUCUUUUCCCACCCCCAAAUUCUCUCCUUAUAUGAGGGUAAUUUUGAUUUAUACACUUAUCUUCAGUAGGAAUCAAAGGGUCCAGCCCCCCACUGCUAAUUUCCUAAGCUUCUAUUAGAGAGUAAAAAUGUCUCUGGUCUCUUCAAGAGCAAAACCUCUUCCUAAAUCAUACUGAGGUACCAAUAUGAAAUCAAUCACUCUAGUUAGAAUUCAGUGGCUACCAAUGUUUUGUUUAAUUCUAAACAAUUGAAGUAGCAUAGAAAUUGAAGAGGUUAUUGCUGCUCUCUCUCUCCCUCUUUCCUUCCCUCCCUUCCUCAUUCCCUUCCUCCCUUAUUUCUUUCUCUUCUCUUCUCUUCUCUUCUCUUCUCUUCUCUUCUCUUCUCUUCUCUUCUCUUCUCUUUUCUUCUCUUCUCUUCUCUUCUUUCUGUUUCUCUGUGUGUGUCUCUCUGUGUCUCUGUCUUUAUCUCUCUCUCUGUCUCUCUCUGUCUUUGUCUCUCAUCUACAAGGGUUGGGAUUCAGUAAAUACCACUAAGCAGCCUGGGUUUCCGCUUUCUGUAGCUGCCAUUGCUUGUGCCAAAAAAAGACCUAUUCACAAUUGCUUCUUCAAGUUGGCAUCUUUGGUGGUGAGGAAAAAGAUAUUACAAAAGGGCAGGCUUUACUUCUUCCACUAUCCUUAUGUCCUUCCCUCUAUUGCCCGCUUUUAACUUCUUUAUCUCUGGUUAGUUCCUUGAUCAGAGGCAGCUAGGUAAGAGUAUCAGACCCUUGUAGAUGAGAAACAAAGACAGAGAGAGACAGAGAGAGAGAUAAAGACAGAGACACAUGCUCCAUAAAUCCCAAAAGUGGUCAAAGAGACCUGAGUUCAAAUCCUCCUUCAGAAACUUUACUAGCUGUGUGAUCCUAGGUAAAGCACUUAAACUCUCUCAGCCUCAUUUUCCCCAUAAAAAUGGGGAUAAUAAUAGCACCUAUCCUACAGAAUUGUUGUGAGGAUUAAAUGAGAUGAUAUGUGUACAAUGCUUUGUAAACUUUAAAGCAUUAUAAAAAUUCUAGCUAUAAUAUCCCCUCCCAAACUCUCUUCCUUAACAACCUUAGUAGUUUUUAGGUCCUGCAAAAUGGUUGUAAUUCAUACUAGCUUGAAUCAAUCAAAUCGUUCUCAAUAUUAUUAAUCACUCCAAGAGGAUGUUCAUGAACCAAAGAGACACAAUCAAAAAUCCUCCAAAUAUAACAAAACUGCAAAUAAUAACCAUUUCCCUUUAUAUUUAUUGAAUUAACCAAACUCUCCCGAGCAAUCCUCUAAAGAUGAAUUAGAGGAUAGAAAAGAGAAGAGAGAAAUAUUUCUAUAGUGACAACUACAAUAGUUCAGGCCAAUAGUGCUAAACAUUUAGAAAAAGGAGCCUUUUAUCCAUAUUUAAAGAUCCCUGCAGACUACAUAUUGACUUAAUUUAAAAAUAUAAUAUCCAGGUUAUUGUAUUUUUAUUUAUUUUGGUAAAUAUUUUCCAAUUACGUUUUAAUCUGAUUUGGACCAGACUUGUGAGUAUCGUAGGUUUCAUGCAGUUUUGUGUUUGACACCUGGUCCUGAUAAUGAGGGACUGUGCUAGCUGGUGGUGAUGGGAAUGGGGGAGGCAAGUGGGAGAACAGAGAGAAUCAAGGACUUCAUAACUGAUGGAAUGUGAGAGAUGAAAAGUGAAGUCAGAAGGAAAGCAGGUUUAGGAAGAAAGAUAAUGAACUAUACUUUAGAACAGACUUUUAUAUUGGCAUCUAGUCCCCUCUGUGGAUUAGAGAUCUAAGCCUCCUUUCCUCCAGUUCCCUAAACUCUUCCUACUCAAACCUCUGAAAUCUUCCCUACUUCUCGGGUAUAUUCAGAUAAAAUUCCCAGAUGCCAGUGACUCUGGAAGGAUCUUCUUGCUUUAAAUCUCUUCCGAGACUAUGGGCUACAUGCUGUCAUUGGGAUAGCUAGUGUUGGCAAGGGAUGCUGAUUUUUUCUUAUCACCUUUCGUAGUCCAUUUUUCUCAGAUUAAGACACAUAGUAUAUAGUUUGGAUGAGGAUCACAAGGUUCUAUUCUGAGGAGUCAGACCUGAGUUUUAUCUCCACUGUGCUCUUGAAUCACUGUGUGACUUUGAGCAAGUCAUUAAUGAUUUUCUUUUUCUUUUCCAUACUUCCAUCAAUGUAGGAGAUAUUUCAUCUUCUGUCAAGAUGUACUCCAAUAUGGCUUGGAUUCAUUCAAUCAUUCACUCGUUCUUUCAUUUAACAUAGAUAAUCCUGAGACUCCUCACUUAUCUAAAUAUUUAUUUGCCUGUUUUGAUUGGCCUGACACCUCCCUUUGAAGGGUUAUCAUAAAUAAGGUAUAUCCUUUUGGGGGGUAAUGCCAAAAGGCAUAAAGAGCUAAUAGGUAUAAGUUACAAGAAAGUCAUUUCAGUUCAAUGAAAGAAAAAAUUUUCUAAUAUUCAAAACUGUUAUCACAAUGGAGCAGACUAUUUUGAGAAAUAGUGAAUAGCUAAUUAAUGGAAGUGUUUAAAAGCAAAGGCUAUCCCCAGUAGAUGUGAUUAAAGAAUGUAAACAACAAAAAAAAGUUUUCAAAAGAAUUGCAAACUACAUAUGACCACAUGAAAACAUGCUCCAUAAAUCCACAUAGUAAGAGAAAUGCAAAUUAGAACAAUUCUGGAAUUUCUUUUCAUGCUAUGCAAAUUGACCAAGAUUAAAAAAAAAAAAAAAAAAGGGAAAUGUCCAAGUUGGAGGAGCUGUGGGAAAACAGGCAUACUGAGGUACUCUAUUAGUAGAGCUGUGAGAUGGUCUGACUUUUCUAAAUGCCAGUUUGGAAUUAUGCAAGAAAAGUGACUAAACUGUUCAGACAUUUGACCAAUGAUCCCACCAAGGAGUCAAUGAUAGAAACAAUAUACAAAAUGUUUCACAGUACUCUGAUGGCAAAAACCUGGAAACAAAGUGGAUAUCCAUUUAUUAGAAAAUAAUGGAAGAAACUAUGUUAUAGGAAUGUAAAGGAAUAUUAUUUGUUCGGUAAAAAAUGACAUAUAUGAGGAAUUCAGAGGAACAUCAGAAGAUUUGUAUGAAUUGAUAUAGAGCAAAAUAAACAGAAACAGGAAAAAACUACACACAAUGUACAGCAAUGUAAAAGUUGACUAGAAUGAAAUUGAACUCUAGUAAUGGAAAAAUCAGUAAAGGUCCCAGAGAACACAUAAUAAAGCAUGCUUUUUCCCUCCUAAUGGAGGGGUGGAGGACUACUAUGACAGAGUACUAUAUAAAUUGUUAGAAAAAGUCAUUGUUAUUGGAUGUUUUUGCUAAAUUGUUUUUCUUUGUCACAAGGAAGGAUUUGGCUAGAGUUGGGCUUGAAAUAACUGUGUUUUAAAAUAAGAAGGAAUAAAUAAAAUAUUUUUUAAAAAUAAA